AUACAUGGAUGAUGGACGUGGAAGGCAAAGUUCAGUAACGUGUCGUGAUCACACGGCGGCCUUGUCAUCUUCUCCCUCCAUGUCCCAUGCUCUUCUCCUCCGGCUCUUUGUCAAUUAUUUCUCUGUCCAUGUCGCCCUUCAGUACCUUGCUCUCUACUCGGACAACAUAGGAAUCACGUACUACAUCACCUCGCGACUGCGCCAGCUCGACACCAAGGAUCUUGCCGAUGUCUGGGGCUUUGUUUGCCAUCUUUUGGUGACCAGGCCAUCCAAGUCUCACGCUCUGGAAUGUUUUGUAGUCGAUAUUGCGCACCGCUCGACCCAUAUUGCCAUGAUAACCCUCUGGUUCAUGCAAGCAAGUCUCCGUGAUCUCUCUGGUAUGCGACACGAUUCCAAAUCUUUCUUAAUAUGCCAACGUAUCCUCCAUCAAUGCCACGAAAUUAUAUUUGGAGAUCUUCCGCCUCCGGUUCCAGCACCCUAUUCGUCCAUUUGCUCUUCUUUCCAGUCUCGCUUUACUAGAAAGAAGAUUAGGCAUCACGUUGGACCAUCCCUUGUGGGACUUGGGGUUGUACUCGCAGGCGCACCAGCUAUGCCGAGGCUGACAGAAAUCAUGGGCCAAGUCGCUAUAGAGCAGGGGAGAGUGGACGAUGGGGACACAAGGUACCGGAGCAUCGACCGACACGGGGACGAGGUGGCUCCUGCGGCCAGUCCAAAUUUGAGUAAAGCUUCCUUGGAGUCAAGCUGUGAUGAUCACGAUGACGCUGACGAUCUCAGCGACGGAUCUCAGCAUACACCGUCUUCGGAACUUAUCUCUAACAAAGACAAGACCUUUAGACAUCGUGCCGUCGGUCCUGCACAGACAGCUCCUUCUUUACCUUUACACCUUAGUGGAAUACGAAAAUCACGCCUGUCCGAGGAUCCUUUGGGACAACUCGACACUGAACAAAUCGUUUCACCCUAUCAGUCAUCCCCUUCCGUCUCCGCGUCACGUCCCCCUCCACGUUCCGUGUCGAUUAGUUAUGCCGAUGGUCUGUUACAAUCCUACGAUGGAUUAUCCCAGACCCAUCUCCUUCGAAGCCAUUAUUGUCGAUCAGAGAUCCAGUUUCUGCUAGUUCUUGAAAGUAUUUCAAAUAGGCUUCUCGAUAUUCCACGGCCGGCCCGAAUAAGUGCCCUAAGAGCAGAGUUGACCGCUUUGAAUCACCAACUUCCAGCUGAGGUAUGCAUGCCUAUGUGGUGCUCUUCGUCAGAUUCUCCCCGUCUCAUGGGUGGAUCGCAACCCCAUCAUCGCAUCGUGCGAAUUCCCCCCGGCGAAAGUGUCGUUCUCAACUCAGCCGAACGCGCCCCCUACGUACUCUUGAUAGAGAUCCUUCACGAUGACCUCGAUUUCGAUCCAAACAAACGGGUCAACAAAGACGUCUUGAAAAAAAUAGUUGUCAAGGAGCACGAAAAAAAGGGCACCUCCAAAGAAUUGAUCCCAUUCCCUCCACUCUCUUCACGUCACAGUCCCAACUCUGACCCUCUCAACGAUACUGACGUCGUGGCUGCUGUAGCUCAUGUGUCCGCCUUUUCUCCCUUUUUUGUCUCUUCGCCUCUAACAGCUUCAUCACCCGUCGAAUCCGACGAAGAGAUGGAUCUCGUCGAGCAGCUCUAUGGAUCCGAUCAAUCUCUUCGUUCUCGGCCUAUUGAUCUUUCUGAUUCUAUAGUGCUACCUCCGACUCCAAAGAAUAGGGAACUCGAUAUGGUUGCGUGGUCACGCUCCUCAUCGGUUCCACCUUCCCCUUCACCACCAGAACACGCCGCACCCAUGAACCGUGCUCUAUCCAUUACCUCUGAUUCUUCCGCACAUUUGUCACCCGUCCCUGAUCACGUCGAUAAUAGUCCCGCCCUAUCUCUUGAUGAAUAUUCUGAACGCAUGCGGACGGCUGCGAUCAUGCUCGCUCAGCUCAACGCCAACCUUGUUCGGGAACCUGUUACGAACGGUGCAUCGUCGGAGUCCCAGUCACAAUGGGGUCCCAUAAGUUGGCUUCCCGGUUCCAGUUGGUUAGCAACGCCAAGAGACUAUGCAACGAGACAUUCCCCAGGGUUGGGUCCCCAAGAUCAGUCAUCGCUGCAUCUCCAACCAACACGAAUGCGGCUGCAACUCUCUGAAGCUUCGGCGAUACGGGAGCGCAUCAUGCAAGAGAUGCUGGCGUUGGAGGCGGAGCGGAUGGAGCGGAUGAGAGAAAACCGAGAGAUGGAUAAUCUUAUACGGAUAGACAAUAUCAGUGGAAGGAAAACUGCUGAAGACGAGGGUAUUAUCAGAAGAGAGAUAAACAAGUCAGACCCUUCCGCGGUAGUUUUAGGUGAAUCCUGGGCAGCCAAAAAGAGUCGCAUAAGGCAUGGAUCACCAUAUGGACAUCUCGCGAACUGGGAUUGCGUCUCGGUUAUUGUCAAGACAGGCGGUGAUCUUCGGCAGGAACAGCUAGCAACCCAUCUCAUUCGUGAGUUUCAACGAAUAUGGGAGGAAGAAAAUUGUCAAUGCUGGGCGAGAUAUUUCCACAUUCUCAUAACUGGAGGCUCUUCUGGACUGGUAGAAACGAUAACAGACGCACCUUCCAUUCAUUCAAUCAAAAAAGCUGAAUAUGCUCGUCGGCUCGCUCAAGGUCGAUUGGGCCACGUUACUUUGUUUGAUCAUUUCAAAAGCACGUAUGGUGAUCCAUCAUCAGCGAAAUUCAUUCGUGCUCAGAGGAAUUUCGCGAAAUCUCUUGCAGGAUAUUCUGUCAUCACCUAUCUUCUGCAGAUAAAGGAUCGGCACAAUGGUAACAUCCUUCUAGACAGGGACGGUCACCUCAUACAUAUAGACUUUGGAUUUAUACUGAGCAAUACGCCUGGAAACAUCGGCUUUGAGGCUGCCCCGUUUAAAUUUCCUCUAGAGUAUAUAGAAGUUUUGGGUGGUGCUACAGGCCCGUCUUUCUUAGAGUUCAGGCGGUUGUUUAAAGAUGGGUUUGAAGCUGCCAGGAAGCACUGCGAUAGAAUCAUUACCCUCGUUGAGCUAAUGCAAAAGGACUCCGCCCUGCCAUGUUUCGCUGCUUCCGGGGAACAAACCGCCAAUCAGCUACGUGAACGCUUUCAGCCCUCCUUGACACAUUCGCUGAUUGGAGAACAUGUGGAUCGUCUUAUCGACAGUUCUUUGGGGUCACACUGGACGCGAUUAUACGACUCGUUCCAAUACUACUCCCAGUCUAUCCUAUGACAAAGUUGGUUCUCUUUUCUUUGGGUCUUUGGAGUUACCGCACAUUGCAUAUCCACCGUAUCAUUAUCAUCUUGCAUUUCGUAUAUUACACUUGCGUUAGCAUUCUUUGAAGUAAGUCCAGGCAGGGUAGCUGGAAAGGAAAAAACAAGCAAAUAAUGCUGGCAAAGGUAUUGCCUUGGCUAUCAUGUAGAUACAUCCUUUGAAUCCUAGUUAAACAGUCUAUCGUACCGGUUGAGGCACGAGUAUCC